UUUCAAAGAGCCCAGGAAAGAGCCACAUUCUGCAGACCAAAGGUUCAUCUUGUUUUCCUGACAUUCAUAUCUGUUUCAGGUGGAGGGAGGACCAGGCCAUGGCUGCUGCUCACGAUGUGGAGAUGGAGAGCGUGAAUCUGAACAUGGAGAGAGAGGGGAAGGAAGAGCUGGAGGAGGAGAAAGUGAGAGAGGACAGGGAAGGCAAAGACUUGCCCAGGAGCAGAAAGGUCCACAGGAUCGUCUCAAAGUGGAUGCUUCCUGAGCCCGUCCGCAGAACAUACUUGGAGAGAGCCAACUGCCUCCCGCCACCGCUGUUCAUCAUCUCCAUCAGCCUGGCUGAGCUGGCCGUGUUUAUUUAUUACGCUGUGUGGAAGCCUCAGAAGCAGUGGAUCACCCUGGACACGGGGAUCUUGGAAAGUCCCUUUACUUACCGCCCCGAUAAGAGGGAAGAGGCCUGGAGGUUUAUCUCAUACAUGCUGGUCCAUGCUGG